GAAUUGGUGUGUAGAAUUUUUCAACAUUCAAGUACAUGCAAUUGGAAAACAAGCAGAAAACACAGAAGGCGUAAAUGGCGAGCAAGAGGAACGUCUGGCUCCUGAGGAUCGUUCUCUUCCUAUUCGCUCUCAACUCCAUUUCACUCUGCGUUUACUUCGCUUCCCACUCCAAAUCCUCUGCCUCCCCCAUCCCAAACCUCCCCCGUAACUACCGUAAUCCUCGUAUUAACCGUCUCCGGUUCCGAAACAAGCUCAAGUCUUGGCCCAUCUUACCCUCCUACCUUCCCUGGUCCCACCCACCCGCUAACACUGGCUCCUGCGAGGCCUACUUCGGCAACGGCUUCUCUCUCCGCCUCGAUCUCAUCUCCCCAGCGGCGGAUCCCCGCGGAUGGUUCCGCUGCUGGUACAGCGAGACCCUUCGCAGUUCUGUGUGCGAGGGAGGGAAUCUUCGGAUGGUCCCAGAGAGGGUCGAGGUCUCCAAGGGAGGGGAGAUGUUACACCAGGUGAUCGGGAGGCGUGAGGAGGACGAGCUUCCCAAAUUCCAAAACGGUGCUUUCGAGGUCGACGGAGGAGUUGGGUUUGAGGGUCCGCCACGGAGACUCGUCGACGACGGGUUCCUCGAUCGUUACGUGCCGCAGGGGGAGAUCCUGACUCAUACCAUGCGGGCUUUGAUCGGGUCUGUUCGUGUCGUUGCGGGGAGCGGGUUCGAGUGCCAAGAGUGGAUUGAGGAGCCUACGCUGCUGGUGACGCGCUUUGAGUAUGCGAACCUUUUCCACACUGUUACAGACUGGUACAGCGCAUAUGUCUCUUCAAGAGUUACAGGAUUGCCCAAUCGACCUAGAUUGGUUUUCGUGGACGGCCACUGUAUGACAUCUUUGGAAGAAACAUGGAAAGCAUUGUUUUCUAGCCUUAGAUAUGCGAAGAACUUUAGUGGUCCAGUUUGUUUUCGCCAUGCUAUUCUCUCACCUUUGGGAUAUGAGACUGCUUUAUUUAAGGGGCUGACUGAAGAAAUAAAUUGUCAUGGAGCAUCUGCACACGAUCUAUGGCAAAAUCCUGAUGACCGGAAAACUGCUCGAUUAUCUGAAUUUGGGGAAAUAAUCAGAGCUGCUUUUAGGUUUCCUGUAAAUAGACACCGUGUUGAAAAGCCAGUCUCUGGUCUUAAUGUCCUCUUUGUUCGACGUGAAGAUUAUUUAGCUCAUCCUCGACAUGGUGGUAAAGUUGAAUCAAGGCUUAGCAAUGAAGAAGAAGUGUUUGAUUCGUUGAAAACAUGGGCAUAUAAUAAUAACUCGUGCAAAAUAAACCUUGUCAAUGGAUUGUUUGCACACAUGCCCAUGAAGGAGCAAGUCCGAGCCAUUCAAGAUGCUUCGGUAAUUAUUGGCGCACAUGGUGCGGGUCUGACUCAUUUAGUAUCUGCAAUGCCAAAAACUGUGGUUCUGGAGAUUAUUAGCAGCCAGUAUCGACGGCCACAUUUCGCAUUGAUAGCUAAGUGGAAAGGGUUGGAGUAUCAUGCAAUUAAUCUUGAUGGAUCAUAUGCCAAGCCGGAAAUAGUUAUUGACAAACUUAGUGGCAUACUGAGGAGCCUUGCAUGCUAAAAAGUAUUAGCUUCAAAUUAAUUUAAUCUUGUUACAUGGAAGUGGAAGUGAUAGAGAUUAGUCGCUGCUUUCAGCGUCUGUUUGUAUGCCAUCAUUAGAUCCAUUACCCUUUCGUGGAGAAUGAGCUUUACUUGCUUCUGCUACUGUUACAAGUUUCGAUUGGACUCUUAAACAGAAGAGAUAGUUAAGAUGGUUACAGGCUAUCUGUGGUCAACUCAAAAGAGGCUGCUUAUGCAAUCACCAUGAAGAGAUAAGAGCCUCGGCCUAAAAUUAAGGAUUUGGGAUUUUUUCUUCCAAUUCAGCGGACAGUUGAAAUUUAUAGGUGGAUGGAUUGUACACUGCAGAUCCAGUAUGUUGUCUCUUUGAAUCCAUAAUUGUUUUCUCCCUGCCAGCACCAUUGGGGAAGCGGCUAAUGGGAGUCGUAAUUUUGCCUGUAGACUGAUUCUUUCUAACUUGGACGAGGUUUUUUUUGUACAA